AGGUAUACUAUCAUUUUCAAAUACCAACCAAAACCAAUGACCUGAUGCCCACUGGGUUUGAAUUGAAAGUGAUCUGAUACAAUCUUGAUUAUAUAACCCCCUUCUUAAUUUGCAGCAAGUGAAUUAGUGAAGGGCAUGGAUAUGGAAAGCAACCAUAUCAUCAUGUUGAAGCAAAAGCUUGGAGUCUUUGAUAUACUCAAAGAAGCUCUUUAUUUAAUCUGCAAGAACCACAGCUUUAUUGUACUCACCUUUCUCACCUCUCUACCCUUUUUCUGUUUCUCAAUUUACUAUGAAUCACACCUGAAAAGAACCCUGGUUCAAAUCUCAGAGUUUCUAAACCAAAAUUCUGGUUUUUUCAACUACAAUUGGCAAACACAGCUGCAUACUGCAACAAGUAUGGCCCAGAUGUUUUCCAACAACUUGAUACAACUGGGACUUCUUUAUCUGAUACCUCUCCAUCUCCUAGAGCUUUGCAGUGCUUUUGUGAUUGUCGAUUUGGCCUCAAAGUUAGGAGGAAAAGGGAAGUUCGGGGAGGUAUCUGGUGGUGGCAGUGUUACCAGAAUGGUGCGCUUCAAAGGAACUCUUGUCACAUCCAUCUGGGUACUUUUCUUAUCAACUUGUACUGUAGUUGGAUCAAUAUGGUUAGUCUCAGUAUACUAUGUUCUAUUGAGAAACUUUGGGUACUAUAAUACAUAUUGUAGAGUGCUAUACAAGGCAGCUUGUAUGGCACUGCUAGCAAAUUACUUAGAGUGGGGUGCUAUAUGGAACAUGGGCAUUGUAAUUUCAAUACUGGAGAACAGACAUGGGGCUAAUGCACUCAUGUUCUCAGCCUAUCUAAGCAGAGGUAGAGAACGACGGCAAGGACUUGUUUUGAUGCUUAUUUUCGGUGUCUGGGGACUCGGUUUAAGGCUGGCAUGCCUCUUCUUUAAAUGCUAUGAAGGAAAAGGUGGAAUUGUUGCUCAGAUGGGCCUUUUCUGUACUGGCAAUGUGGUGAAGUGGGUUGCGUUCAUGAUUUAUUCCUACAAUUGCAAAAUCCUGAUCUCAGAGAAGAGAGUUGAUGUGGAAAUUGGACUCUAGUUGAGAAGUAAUAUGUCAGUGCCAUUAUGAGCUACACUAGAUUCCUUUUUUUCCUGUUAGUAUACAUCAAUUACAAUUAGCUGUUACGAUCCUAAGUCUAGGGUAUUAACUAUUAAGAUAUAAGCCAGGCCAUUUAGA